GUGCAAUCAAAUCAUAGAAGGCAAUGCAGGAUGCAGCACCUUCUUGUUGGCGCAUGCCAGCUUGCAACAAGGUUGGCGUCAUUUGAAAGUUCUUCGCCUCUUCAAGUCUCUUUAUAUGGUUUGAAGAGGGGCAGUCGAGGCGACUCGGCGCGGACAUGCCGCACCGAGGCCGCACCAUGGCAAUAUGCGACUCCAUGCUGAUCAGGUUUCUCCUAGUGGCGGCUUUGGCCGCUAUGUACCAGUACAUCAAUCAACGGCCGCAGGCCGUGCUGCCAACGCGUAUCAUUGGACUGUUUCCGGAAGCCAAAAGUCUUGCCACGUGUCUGGGCGGCGUAGCGGGAAUCCAGGCGGUUCUUUUGCCUGGAGACGAGGGUUUUGCCGCCGCAGCGCUGGGCGACAACAGGGCCUUUGCAUCUACCCCCGCCGCCAUCGUCUACCCAAAAACGACUCAAGACGUUCAGGGCGUUGUGGCCUGUGCGCGAGCAUCGGGAGUCCGGGCAGUGCCAAGAUCGGGAGGACACAGUUACGAAGGGUACAGCGUCCAAACGGGCACGGUCCUCGUCGACUUAUCCGGCCUCGACUUUUUCACACCGGGCCCGGGUGACGCCUCCGCAAGAGUGGGACCCGGCAAUCGGCUGGGGCCCUUACACUAUAAGGCGUGGACGCAGAUGGGGCGCGUGUUCCCGGGGGGGGUGUGCCCGCAUGUGGGCGUUGGUGGAUUGAUCCUCGGCGGCGGCAUCGGCCCCCUCUCCCGCACGUUCGGCCUCUUGAGCGACUCCCUAACGGAGGUCGAGGUCGUUCUCUACAACAGCACGAUGUUCGACCCGGGAGACAACGGGAAGGUGGUUGCUUUCCAGAUUGAGUGGCCCACGUAUGACGUCAUUCCGGACGUUCUGGAGGCCGUCCAAGCGUGGCUGCGGACCGCUCCGGACGAGCUCAACGCGGACGCUAUUUUGGGCUUUGGCAACGUUCAAGUGUCCGGGGUAUACGUGGGUACACUGGAGAGCUUCGAGCCGCUGUUCGCACAGAGCGGCCUCACAGACAUUCCCGGGUACCAAGCGUCUUCUCGGGCCCCGUUCCGCAACUCGCUGGCCGUAAGCACCCGGUUCAUCGACCUGGUGCUAUUGUACGGUGAAUACACAAUGGGGCUCCAGGGCUCGGGGGAGAUCACCGACCUCCUUUUGGGGCCCGAAACCAGCGCCACGCGACAUCCCGCUCCGUCCAAGUACAAGAGUGCGCUCAUUUCGACCCUCCUUCCAAGGGCGGCACUGGCGGUCAUUCGAGAUCAUAUAGCCCGGAGUCGAGAUUGCGCUUAUUUGGAGAUACGCGCGCUUGGGGGCGCGAUCGCCAGGGUUAGUGCGGAAGCGACGGCUUUCCCUCACCGAUCCGCGACUUUCAGUUUUCAGUGGCAAGUUAGCUGGGAACAAGAAAACGAGGAGCACAAAGCGGCCCAAACCGGAUGGCUGACCGACUUUUACUCGGCGCUCCAGCCCUAUCUGGGCACUCCGCGCGCUUACGUCAACUACCUAGAUCGAGAUUUGGCGGAGUCCAGCGCUCAGUAUUUCGGCUCCAAUCUAGAGCGUUUGCAGAAGAUCAAAUUGGCUUACGAUCCGCUUGACUACUUCCGGAACCCGCAAUCGGUCCAAUUGCCAGGUUGACACGUGUUUGAGUUAUUUUCCUUGUCAGCGGGCGACUGCUUUUGCUGUAGUCGACUCGGGCGUCUGUUGGAAGAUUUGACAAAGCUACAUUGGGAUCCGCUUUGCUAACCUCUACCAUUGCAGCGGCAGAUGAGGUUGAUUGAUGGUUAGCGAACCUUUUACAUCUUGGAACCCCUCCAGUUGGACUACCAGACCAUACUGCAAAGUAUCAAAAGCCGACCCUACAAGACCCAGAAGAGUCAUACUUCUCUAGAAUACUUCUAGUAAGCUCAAGUGUUAGUAAGAACAAGCUAACACUAAAAACCCAAAUCCAAAUAAACACCCGCUCCGCACCCGUACCCACCCUAACU